CUUCCGUGUAGUAAGGUUAGCGCAGCAUUGCUCCUCUAAAGUUGACUGAACUCUAGCAACGUGCUGACUGCACCAGCGGGUGACUAGGGCGCUACCCGAAACUCCGCCGGAAAUCUCGGCUUGGAUAAAAUGUUGACCUCGACCCCGUAGCACCGCUACUCCUCUCAGGCCGCAAUCAGCUCAAGCGAUCCACCGCAGUACAAAAAAUGGUCAUCAAAGCAAAUCUACGCCAUUGGAUGCCAAAGCCAGUGCCCAAGUAUCCACUGGAUGCCAAAGCUGCAACGACUUGAGCCGGGGCGCAAUUUCGUUUUUCUAUGUAUCAACAUGAUAUCUAUAAAACGAGCUCCUAAUCCCCAACAAACAUCGAAUGGCCUGUGCUGAAAAUUGCGUGAAAAAUGAAAAUGAUGGUGAAACGUGCACUAUUCCAAUGUUGCAUUACAUGUUGAAAAAGUUUGAUCCAGGAAUCAAAUUUGAAGCGACAUUCUUCUGCACCGACCGCAGGCAAGCAAUAUUCCUAGUAUUGUCUUCCUCUACGAAAUAAACCAUUGUGCAGUGCGACACACAAUUUGAUUGUGGUGAAAAAUGCUCCAAUUUCCAUUCAUAAUAAACUCCUCUUCAUCAUUAUUAAUGCAUAAAAAUAUCAACAGUAACAAUUUAUGUGAGCCUGCUGAUGAAGUUGUGUUGGUCGGAUCACCCAAGUAUCAACUAUGGCCACUGUCAACUGUAGCGCUAAAAAUCCUCUUCCCUUUCAACUAAACUCAAAUUCUAGUGAAGAUUGCUCGCCAUCUUUUACGGUUGAAACUUUUGUAAGUGCACCUCGCAAACAAACUUAUUUACUAUGGCACUGGGACCGAAAUAGUGGCCGCAGUUCUCAGUGUUCUGUCCACGGCAAUUAUAAUUCAAUCAACAUGAAAAUAAAUUUCCAGCCUGAAUCCAACGCCUGUGAUGAUCCAGUCAGUGUAACUCGAGAAGUUUCCCACAAAAAAUUACAUGACACCCCUGUUUCUAAAACAUAUUCAUUAACGCUUCACGUCUUUUUAAUUAAGAUUUUUAUUCAUCGCCAUGUAAGGGAUUUUCUUGUCAGAUCCAAAAUUAAUUUUAUUCUUCUAGGUUUAGUGUCACGUUUUCUCUCGUUUAGAAAAAUGAGCAAAAUAUACAUAUUAUUCAUACUGAUGUUACUGGCAUGUGGAAGCAAUCCUACUCUUGGUAACGUGACCAGGUCGUGUCCCUCCAACUGUUCCUGCUCUGCCGUUCCUACACCCACUCUAGCUUCUGAAAAAUGGGCAUCACUUAUGCCAUCCGCUUUCUUGCUCCAUCCAAAACUCUUCCAGAACUUUUCCAACACACUGGAACCAUCCAAGCCGCUCCAAGAGUCGACUACUUCUGAGCAUGCCAGUCAAGCAACGCAACAUAAACGCUCUCUGACAAUUAGACGUCGCCGGGAACUUCGACGUGUUGGGUACACCCAGCGAGGUCCACCAAUACAGGAGAACAUAAUUGACCUCAGUCCGUCCUUUCCAGCUGAACCUAGUGGAGGAAAUAGCAUCCACUCACUUGCUACCUCAAACUUUGAUUCCGUCCACAAGCGCUUACAGGAAAACAGACGGCAACGCAUCUCAUCUGGAGCCUCUGAAGGCCAACCCGUGUACGAUUAUCUCGAUUCUGACUCGAAUAUUGUACCUGAGGUAAUCAGCGAACAGAUUCCUGAUCUCUAUGAGGGCUCAGUAUACCCUUCUAUGAAAUUAAAUGAAGAUUUUCAGUGGACGGAUGAGGCUGAAAUCGGAGUCACUUACUCUAACCAGAGCAGCGGGGAAGAUGACCUGCAGUUGCCUAUUGCUAUGGUCUGCGAGGCGGGAAGUUACUUCGCGGUUCCCUUGGGAGACGAGCAUUUCGUGCACUCCAUGGUCGUCAGCUUAGAUCUGAGCUUCAACAACAUCACCAACCUGACCAGCUCCUCUCUUGCCGAGUACAGCGCACUCCGCUACCUGUCCGUGAGACAUAAUGGCCUCGCCCACGUCGGGGAUUUGGCUUUUGAAGCCCAGCCUGACCUCGAUACUUUGGAUUUGUCGCAGAACUUGCUGAGCUCCGUGCCGCCCGCUGUGCGACGCUGUCCCCAGCUGCGCCUCCUGCUGCUUGCAGAGAACGAGAUCAGGUUCUUAUCUGAGACAGCGCUGCAGGGGCUGCGCGCUCUGCAGUGGGUCGACCUGAGGAGCAACCCGCUGCUGACGGUGCACCACCGCGCCUUCAGCGACCUGCCUGUCCUCAACAAGCUCAUCCUGAAGGAGACCCGCGAGCUCACCCGCCUGCCUGAGGUGAACAGCGAGCGUCUCGAGGUCCUGGGCGUUGACCGUGCCGCUCUUAUGACCGUACCUGACGGCCUGUGUCGCCGCCAUCCCAGCCUGCGCAGCCUCAACCUGCACCUGAACGCUCUGAAGGAACUGCCCGAUCUCUCCCAAUGUCACCGGCUCAAGCUGCUGGACUUGAGCAACAACGGCAUCGAAGAGUUGCACGAAGGCGCUUUUCGAGACACGGAGGAGCUACAAGAUUUGCUGCUGCAGCACAACCGCAUCACAGCCCUCCCGCCCCUAGCCUUCGCCGGCCUGCAGCAGCUGCAAGUUCUGAACCUCGAAUACAAUCACAUCAGCUAUCUUCAUCCGGAUGCGUUCCUGCCCCUGAAGAAACUUGAAGAUUUGAAUUUGGGCAACAACGUGUUCCCCGAGCUGCCUAACCGUGGACUGGAGCACGUACUGCACCUCAAAGUCCACAACAACCGCCACCUGCGGCAAUUCCCAGACCCCCAGUCGUUCCCAUCCGUCGUCAGCCUCGUGCUGUCGUAUGCAUAUCACUGUUGCCCCUUCCUCAACAUGGACGUUGCCCUAGACAACGGUCGUCCCGGAACAGAUAGUUUGUCCAGAUCCAAGCCUCCGCCCCGCAUCCACGAAGACGUCGUCUUCAACCUGGAAGGACUUCAGCGCCAUGACCCAAGACUCUGGAACCACUCUCACCCCGGCUGGCCUUAUUACCCAGUCCACCCGAGCUUCAACUUUACUGCUCUCUGGGUUAACUUGGCUGGUCGCUACCCCUCAGCAACCACCACCAUCUCUGCCACUUCCAACACAACCAAGGCGCCUCCACCUCCCAUCAUCGGCCACUCCUUGCGUUCCACUGCACCACACCCACCGUCUUCUACUCCGACGACCGCGGAUGAUCACGACCAUCACAGAGACUGGAUGCAGCUUGAAGGCGCCGACUCCAAUUUGGAUGACGAAGAGCUGCACAAUCAGCACGCAAUCCAGUGUAUCCCUCAGCCUGGCCCAUUCAUGCCGUGCCGGGACCUGUUCGACUGGUGGACGCUGCGGUGCGGCGUCUGGCUGGUCUUCUUGCUCGCGCUCAUGGGCAACGGCGUGGUGGUCGUGGUGCUCAUUGCUGCCUACGCCAAGAUGGACGUGCCAAGGUUCCUAGUGACCAACCUCGCCAUGGCUGACUUCCUUAUGGGUGUUUACUUAGGAUUCUUAGCGGUAGUGGAUGCGUCGACACUCGGCGAGUUCCGGAUGUACGCCAUCCCUUGGCAAAUGUCAGCGGGUUGCCAACUGGCGGGUUUUCUGGGAGUUUUGAGCUCCGAGCUUUCGGUAUACACGCUCACUGUGAUCACCCUUGAGAGGAAUUAUGCCAUCAUUCAUGCCAUGAACCUCAAUAAGCGGCUUUCCCUGCGCCACGCUGCCUAUAUCAUGGCCAUCGGUUGGAUGUUCGCCCUCACCAUGGCUGUUCUGCCACUUACUGGUGUAUCCGACUACCGAAAAUUUGCAGUGUGUCUCCCAUUCGAGACCGACGGUGCUGGAUUGGGUUACGUUGUCUUCUUGAUGGUCAUCAAUGGAGUAGCGUUCAUGAUUUUGAUGGGCUGCUAUUUGAAAAUUUAUUGUGCCAUCAGAGGCUCACAGGCAUGGAACAGCAACGAUUCUCGUAUCGCCAAGCGAAUGGCGCUGCUAGUUUUUACAGACUUUAUAUGCUGGGCUCCAAUUGCUUUCUUUUCGCUUUCAGCCGCUUACGGCUUGCAACUCAUUUCCUUAGAAGAGGCAAAAGUUUUCACGGUGUUUAUUCUCCCUUUAAAUUCGUGCUGCAAUCCUUUCUUAUACGCACUGCUUACUAAACAGUUCAAAAAAGAUUGCGUUAUGCUAUGUAAAGCUAUUGAAGAAUCACGCGUCACAAGAGGAAUCGGUCGGUGUCGUCACUCAUCGAACUUUAGUAAUCGCCAAACCCCCGUAAAUACUAACAGCGCCUUGGACUCGAAAUCUCGUGAAGCCUGCAGUUGUGGUAUCGUUGAUAAAAAAAGAUCACGGCCGUGCCAAGUAGUUGAUUUCAUUUGUUGCCACAAGACUCGCCUGUCUGCAGGAACAUAUUCAAAAGGCCAUCGGAGGAAUCUUUCUCCCAAGAAAGAAGUGGGCCGGAGUACCACUUCUGCAGCAAGUUGGAACUGGAGGGGCACUUGGAGAGCGACUCAGAAACCAGGACCUUUGCGCCUUUUGGACAUACGUAAGCCAGCUUCGCUCGAUCUCACACGGAAAUCCUCACAGGAAAGUAGCUUGUCUUCUUCCAGACAUGAUUCGUCAACUGCGUCAACGGCCACGUGGCGUGUUUCUAGGUCAUCUGUUUCGUCGGACGCUUCGAAAACAGACUCGUCGAGUCGGACUGGCUCUCAACGCGAAGACUCGCGAACUGGGAGCGUGACGCGCCACCCUGGUCGAGGUGGAAGCAAGCCUCGACUUCAACGACAAAGGGCAAUUGAAAAAGAUGCCCAAGGAACAUCUAGACUUAAUUGUCCCGUUCAUCCCCGUGAAGAACUAUCUUGCGUGUAUGAGCAAGCAAGUAUAGAAGAGGCUGCUGAGAUCAAAGUGAUUCCAAGUCCAAGGUUCAGUCAUCGAAGGUCGUUGUCCGAUGGUCUUUUGUUUUGCACCAUAGCUGCCACGCAACCCAUUAGCGGAGUGCAGUCCAACCCGGUUGCGCUGUUCGCGAUUUCCCCGACUGUAUUACCCAUGACGCCAGAGAUCGUCUCACAGGAUUCCAUUUCGCAUGAAAGUGAAAGUGAGAAACCUGGAUUGCUCGAAACUCAUUUCCCACUGGAUAAUGACGACCAAGAUGAAAGUGCACCCAAAGAAGCUAGUCCUCUAAUUUAAAGACUAUGAAGACAUGUGUGUUACGAUCAUAAUAGAAAAAAUGCUUCCUGAUCGUGCCUGAUGAAUUCAGCCCCUGCGAUUCUUUAUAUUUCUCUCAAAGUUCCAUUGUGCAUUGUACAUUAGUUUUAAAAAUUGUAGGAUUGGUAUUCAUAAAAUGUAUCGUUGAAAUGCCUGUGUGGUGUCCUUAAUUACUGGCGUUUCGCUUCUCUCCUGUGUGUGUCGUAAGUUGGGAGACACUCCUUCAUGGAGUUUGAUGCAUUAAACUAUGACAUCGAAACCAACAAUAGUUAUGUGCCCAAAAACUAUACAGCAAUAACCUGCUGCAAUUUAGAAUUAUUCAUCCACCAGGGAAUACCGGGAUUCUGUAGCAGCCUAAAACAUGGUCUGAUACUGCAUAUUAAGAAUUAAUGGGAAAUUAAUACAGGGCUACUCUAACUGGUAGACCCAAUUUGAUAAAUUCGGGAUUUAAUUCAAAAUGAAUAGUUUAUUCACUAAUGAAAGAGAAAGAUUCGAUGUUUUUUACAUAUUUAUAAAUGUUCAAUAUAUCCCCAUUGGCAUCUUGAUGUCCGAAACUUUUUGAAUCGGUCACUGCCAGAGCUUUUGCAGAACGCACAGGAAAUGAAGAUCAGGCUUUACACUUCUGGCCACUGAGAUCACCUGAUCUCACCCCAUGUGACCAUUUCUCAUGGGGUUACGUGAAGGAAGCUGUUUACGUCCCGCGUCUACCAGCAACUCUGUUUACGU